AUGAAGUCCAUCACGAGCAUGUCUUAUGUCCCUACUAAGCAGCAGCUCAAGGAGCGCUGCACUUCCAUCAAGGCGUGGCAAUUGCCUAAGCAGAAGUCGGCCCUCGCGCCGGCUCACAUUUGGACGAAUGAAGAUAUGGAUCCAGUGAAGCCGGAGAAUCAGACAUGGACAAUGUGGACCUGGAUGGCCUACUGGGCUACUGAUACCAUUAACUUGGGAACAUGGGAGACAGCCUCUGCUAUUCUUGCUGUUGGUCUGAGUUGGAGAGAGGCAAUCCCUGCUAUUGUGGUCGGUACAAGUUGUGUCGCCAUUCCCAUGGUCCUAAACGGAGCAAUUGGUGCUAAACUACACAUCCCUUUCUCCGUCGCCAUUCGAUCUUCCUUCGGAUACUAUCUGGCUUAUUUCUGUAUCGUAUCUCGCUCGGUUCUUGCUAUGUUCUGGUUGGGUAUCCAAGGUGCCAAUGGUGCUAUUUGCAUAACUGUCAUGCUUACGGCGAUUUGGCCCUCGUAUGCCAAUGUUCAGAACCAUAUCCCAUCAGGUCAAGGAAUUACCACGCAGGGAAUGAUCAGUUAUUUCCUAUUCUGGAUUAUUCAACUUCCCCUCCUUCUCAUCCCACCAACCAAGCUCCGAUACUUGUUUCUCGUUAAGCUUGUGGCGGCGCCCGUUGCAGCCCUCGCGACAAUGGGCUGGUGUGUCCACAAGGCAGGCGGUUCUGGAAAUAUAUUUGCUCUCAAAGCUACCGUCAGUGGAAGUCAGAAGGCCUAUCUCUUCUUAUCCUCGAUGUCAUCCGUAACAGGAUCAUGGGCUACGCUCGCUUGCAAUAUCCCCGAUUUCUCGAGAUAUGCUCGCUCCAGCAAGGGCCAAUUCAUCCAAUUGCCUUUUCUCCCAAUCAUUUUCACCAUCUGUGCCGUUAUCGGUAUUGUGACUACCUCUGCUACUGGAGUCAUCUACGGAGAGCUGAUCUGGAACCCCGUGGAAAUCAUCGCAAAGUGGCUGGAUAUGGGCCAUGGAGGAAGAGCUGCCGCCUUCUUUUGUGCCUUUUCCUGGUACGUCGCACAGGUAGGCACCAACAUCACGGCGAACUCCAUCUCCGCCGCCAACGAUCUCACUGUCCUCUUUCCUCGCUACGUUAAUAUCGAGCGCGGCUGUAUUAUCGCCGCAAUCGUUGGAGGAUGGGUCAUCGUGCCGUGGAAAAUCAUUAACUCCGCGUCCACCUUUCUCGCAUUCAUGGGGGGGUAUGCCGUGUUCCUGGCGCCAAUUGCCGGAAUCAUGGCGAGCGAUUACUGGCUCGUCAAGAAACAACAUAUUGAUGUCCCCGCCCUCUACAACCCAGACGGCCGCUACCGGUAUUGGAACGGCAUCAACUGGCGCGCGCUCCUCGCGCUCCUCAUCGCCGUCUCGCCCAACCUCCCAGGCCUCGGCUAUUCCAUCGGCGCGCCAUCUGAUCCCACAAAACCGAAUCCAGUGCAUAUCAGCAAGGGCGCACAGCAUCUGUAUACUUUUGAUUGGCUCUUUGGCUUCGUGACUAGUAUCGUCGUCUACGUAUCUCUCAGCUACAUCUUCCCCAGUCCCGAGGCCUCUGUCACGGAAACCACAUACGGGCAUGAUGUCAUAGAUGGCGGGGUAUCGAGUGAUGUGGAGAGCACGGGUGUUGUGCAUCAUGGUCAUGGCGACGAGAAGGAUUUCGGAAAUGUGGACGCGGUGGAUAUCGGGACGGGUAUGCAUUUACAUAAGCGCGAGAAGCGUGAGGCGGAAGCUACAAAUACCGUUGCUUAA